AUGGCAGUAGAUUUAGUGAUGCCAACUGCUACUCUCCAUUCGGUUCAGCUUCCAGAAGUACAAAAGAAACUGAGUGAGAGAAUAAAUCAGGGAGUUUGGUCCACCAGCUCAUUCGCCAGCACUGAGCAUUACAGCAUCAUAUUUCAAUCCCCACACUCCCCAUCCCAAAAGACAUCUAUGGAGAACAGAUCUGAAGAGAAUGAGUUCAUCUUCAUAGGAUUAACAGAUGUUCCAGAGUUUCAGGUUCCACUCUUCAUAAUGUUCACCCUCAUGUACCUCAUCACCCUGGUAGGGAACCUGGGAAUAAUACUUCUUAUCUCCUGGGAUUCCCACCGACACACCUCCGUGUAUUUUUUUCUUAGUAACCUCUCUCUGGUGGAUUUUGGCUGUUCUACAUCUGUUAGCCCCAAGGUGCUGGGUGGGCUCCUCACAGGGAACAAGGUCAUCUCCCACAACGGAUGUGCUACACAGUUGUUCUUCUCUGGGGCCUUUGCUGGUACUGAAAAUUUCCUCUUAGCCUCUAUGGCCUAUGAUCGCCACGCAGCUAUCUGCAAACCUCUACAUUACACCACUACCAUGACUUCAACACAGUGUACAUUUCUAGCCAGUAGUGCUCACAUUAGUGGCUUUCUGGUCGCCUCCAUACUCAUAGGGAAUACAUUUAACCUUUCCUUCUGUAGGUCCAACGUGAUCCAUCACUUUUUCUGUGAGAUUCCCUCUCUCUUAGUUCUCUCCUGCUCUGAUAUUCACAUCAGUGAGUCAGUAUUAUUUAUCUUUGGGUCAUUCACUGUCUUUUUCCCAUUUCUUGUCACCUCUGCUACCUACUUGUUAAUCUUCAUCACCAUCCUGAAGAUCCAUUCUGCUAAAGGCCACCAGAAAGCCUUCACCACGUGUGCUUCCCAUCUCACCUCAGUGUCCACAUUUUAUGAGACACUCAUCUUCAUAUACUUCCAACCCAGCUCAAGCCAUUCAAUGGACACAGACAAAGUGGUGUCAGUGUUCUACACCAUGGUCACCCCCAUGUUGAACCCUCUGGUCUAUAGUUUUAGGAACAAAGAGGUCAAGAAUGCUUUUAGGAAAGCUAUGAGGGGACAAUGA